UUCUGGAUGUUGUGGAUCUAAGUCUGCUCACAAUUGAGUUUUUAUUUCAGUAAAGGCCAGAUUAGAAAAAACACAAUGGCCAGUUAUUUUGCACGUCUGAAAAAUGUAAUCAUGCGCAAGCGCAACUCAGCUGACAUUGAGCCACCUCAAGAGACAGAAGAGGUCGAUUAUGGAAAAGACCAAAUGAGAAAAAUGUCUUUUUACAAUCCACUAGACCCUGUGCCAAAGCUUGAAUUCUAUGCCAAAGACACAUGGACGGGACGUAUGAAGAGUGCCAGACCAUCUUUAGAUGUUUUGCGCAAACCACAAGGUGAAGAAGAUCUUCCUCCUCCACCAGAAGAUGAGAGACCUAAAGUCAAGCUUGUUCGCUUUGGAUGGGUUCUGGGAGUUUGGAUUCGCUGUAUGUUGAACAUCUGGGGAGUCAUUAUGUUCCUUCGACUUCCAUGGAUCACAUCUCAAGCUGGAAUUAUUCUUACCUAUGUCAUAAUCUUCAUGUCUGUUACCAUCACAACAAUCACGGCAACAUCAGUGUCAGCAAUCUCCACCAAUGGGAAGGUUUACUCUGGUGGCACAUACUUUAUGAUCUCUCGAAGUCUGGGUCCUGAGCUGGGAGCACCUAUUGGUUUGCUCUUCGCAUUUGCCAAUGCCCUCGCCUGCGCGCUUCACACAGUGGGAUUUUCAGAGACUGUCAGAGAUGUUCUGAAAUCAAACAAUGCACAGAUGGUGGACCCUAUAAAUGAUGUCCGAAUUAUAGGGUCAAUUACUGUUGUUAUUCUCCUCUGCAUCACAUUUGCUGGCAUGGCCUGGGAGGCUAAGGCUCAGAUUCUGUUCUUCAUUGCGAUUGUAGUCUCCUUGGCCAGUUAUUUCGUGGGGACAGUUCUUCCAACCUCCACAGAAAAGGAGUCUCUGGGAUUCUUUGGCUACCGUUCUGAGGUCUUUGUCUCGAAUCUACUGCCUUCAUACCGAGGCCCGAAUGGGUACUUCUUCAAGUUAUUUGCCAUUUUCUUUCCUGCUGCCACAGGAAUUCUGUCUGGUGUCAACAUCUGUGGGGAUCUCAAGGAUCCAACAGGUGGAAUUCCAAAAGGGACACUGCUGGCCAUACUCUGUACCACUUUGAGCUAUUUGUUAAUCUCAGUGACAUGUGGUGCAACUGUUGUAAGGGACGCUUCUGGCAUUAUAAAUGAUAGUUUAUCACUCAACUCUUCAGUCCAAUGCAGCGGUCUGGGCUGUAAACUAGGCUGGAAUUUUGACAAUUGUGAAAAGAACCAAACCUGUACCUAUGGACUUGCAAACAAUUUUCAGAUACUUACCAUGGUUUCAGCAAAUGGAUAUUUAAUCAUAAUUGGAAUAUUUGCUGCCACUUUGUCAUCAGCUUUGGGGUUUUUGGUGUCUGCCCCCAAAAUAUUUCAGUGUUUGUGUAAAGACAACAUCUACCCCUACAUUGGAUUCUUUGCGAAAGGUUAUGGGAAUAACAACGAGCCUCUGCGUGCCUAUACGCUUGCGUUUUGUAUUGCUUUAGGUAUCAUCAACAUUGGUGAUCUGAACACCAUCGCUCCUCUGAUCUCAAACUUCUUUCUCUGCUCUUACGGUCUCAUUAACUUCAGCUGCUUCCAUGCAACCAUCACCCAAUCGCCUGGCUGGAGGCCAUUAUACCGUCACUACAAUGCUUGGACUUCUCUGUUUGGCUCUAUAUUGUCUUUUGUCCUCAUGUUUUUGUUUACGUGGUGGGCCGCUCUUGUCACUUCCACUGUUGUCUUCUGCCUCAUAGGCUAUGUGUCGUAUAAAAAACCCCAUGUGAACUGGGGUUCCUCUUACCAGUCAGGUAUCUACAACAUGGCUUUGUCCUUCUCUGUGUCCCUGUCAAAUGUUGAAGAUCACGUCAAAAAUUUCAGGCCUCAGUGUCUUGUUCUGACGGGUCCUCCAAGUGUGCGCCCCGCUCUGGUAGACUUUGUGGGCACGUUCACCAAAAACAUCAGCCUGAUGAUCUGUGGAAACAUUGUCUUGGAAGAUGAAAAGUCUACAUUGCCCCAACACAGUACAGAAAUGGUGGUUGACUGGCUAAAUCAAAGGAAAGUUCGUGCUUUCUACACAACCUUUACUGCUGACAGACUGAAUGAAGGGGCACAUCAUCUCAUGCAGGCAUCAGGUCUUGGUAAAAUGAAGCCAAAUACCCUUGUUUUGGGAUUUAAGUCAAACUGGCUGGAAUGUAAACCUCAGAAAUUACAAGACUACGUCAGCACAGUGUACACUGCAUUUGACAGCAGCUAUGGCAUUGCUAUUCUAAGAAUGAUGGAUGGAAUAGAUGUGACUGAUGAUUUGAAGAGUGCAGCAGGUGGACCUCGCUCGAAUGUGAAUCCAGCAUUUGACCCAGAAGAAGUUAUGCAAUCAGAAAAGGAUGACAAUGACCAAAAUUCAGAUUGUUCUGAUGAUCUUACUGAUGUGCAAGUUAGGACAAUUUUUCAGACAAAGCAGGGAAGGAAGACCAUAGAUGUCUAUUGGAUUGCUGAUGAUGGAGGUCUGACUCUUUUAAUACCGUAUUUGAUAACCAGAAGAAACCGCUGGAAAAAGACCAAAAUCAGAGUGUUCCUUAUAGGAGAUCAGGAGACAAUGGGGGAAUACCGUAAAGACAUGAAAACGCUUUUGAAAAAAUUCCGUCUGGAAAUUCAGGACGUCAUUGUGAUAACAGAUGUGGACAAAGAGCCACUUGCUAAAAAUGUGCAGCGGUAUGAGGAGAACAUGUCCCAGUUCAGGCUGAAUGAAGAACAGGCAGCAGGGGACAUCCAGGAACUCAAGAGACUUAGUCCAUGGAAAGUUUCAAACAAAGACCUUGAGUUCAUGAAACCCAAGGUGGAGAGAUCUGUGCGACUAAAUGAAAUCAUUAAGAGGAACUCAAUACAUGCCGCUCUGGUUGUAAUUUCUCUUCCGGUCCCUGAAGUUAAUUGCCCUAGUUCCCUCUAUAUGGCGUGGAUGGAAGCGUUAAGCUAUGGCAUCCACUGUCCUGUCCUGCUCAUUCGAGGAAAUCAAGAAAACGUCAUGACCUUCUACUGCCAGUAAAACAUACACACAAAUACACUGCAUUAAAAAAUUGCUCUCAGUUUUAAAUAACAGUGUAGACCACACAAUGUAUGAUUACUAUCCACAAGUAUGAACAAAAGGAUUACCAAUUCACAAGUUCAACAACAGUAUGACUAAAUUCAUAUUGUUUGUAGUAUAUUAGUAGUCUAAAUAGAUGUAAUCUACAUUAUCUUUCAAAAGUUCAAGGUCACCUAUUCACUCAAUAUUUUUUAACAGUUUAAAAUAGUAGGGUCUUGACAUUAACACCAGCCAACCUGGUGGAUUUUAUCAGUGAUGUGUAAACACAGUUUUAAUGAAGUUAAAAUGACCAUAUACUGUAUAUUUACAUAUUUCCUGUAUAGUCUGUUUGUAUCUUCUCUAAUAAAAAAACACAUAUAACAACAAAGUACAUAUAUAUGUACAAAACCCCCACAAUAUUCAGAACAAAAUGGCUUCUUGAGGCAAAAGUCAGUAUCUUGUCACUUAUUUUAUUUUUAAUAGUACAUACAAAGUUUGCUGUAUUUUUCGUAUUGUAAUAAAGAUGCUGGCAAAUAAUUAUAUAUUGUCACUGUACCUAAAAACAACUAAUCUAACGGUGGCAUUAUCAGUCCAUUCCCUUGCGUGCUAGUGUCCAACGUCACAUAACACUGUAUCCAAUAUACCUCUGUGGAGAAGUGAACAAAAUGAGCAUGAAACAACAUUCAUUUAAACAGUCCUUUGUUCUUCUGGAGGUCAGGAUCCAAAUGUAUUAAAUGUGUUUUAGAGAUUUUAAUAAUUUU